AUGACACGGUAUUAUGAGAAUGAGGAUGAGGAGGAGAUGGAGAAGGAGGAGGGAGAGGAGCGUGUGGUAUAUUACGACCUGGAUGCAGAAUCUCACAGACGCAAUCUGCGGCUGGUCCCUGAUGCUGUUGCUGUCCCUGCGCGACCUCGUAUAGCUGUGUCAGCACCGACGAAAGUGGCUGAAGAACGCAGCGGCCACCAGGUCUUCCCACGACAGCAACUGCCUCUCUUUAGUCUUGACGACAGCGGAAACGAAGCGGAUGAGGAGAAAAAUCCGUUCGAGUCGCUUCUGCAACAACAGACACCGAAGGUGACAGAGUCAGUAGCUCUUGAUGCAGAAAAAGAUACAAGUCGAAGAAUUGCUGGUAGGAACCACAACAAUUCGGCAGUGGCCAUCGGCGCUUCAUCAAGCGAGAAACAACAGGCAAUUAGUAGAGGCAGCACUCUCGGUAAUAGCGGCAAUGAAGACAACCUUCGUCCGAUAUUAAAACGUAAUCAACAACACAAUGGACACACAGCUAGAGAUAAUAGUACAAUCAGGAAGAAGCUGGGCUUUGAGGCAGCACAUUCAAGGCCGACGAGAUGGAGUUCAAGGAAACCAUCACCUACAGACACCAAGAACCGCCGCAAAUCGCUGAGCGCGAUCCUCAAGCGACGCUCGCAGCUGGAGGUUUCGAGUAGACGCAAGUCGAUGCCGGCGAAUAUGUCAGACUCAAGAGUAGCGCAAAAUCGAUCGACCCUGGACGAUAGUUUGAACGGCACCUGUUUUUCUUCCAGAAGACAAAAUCUGUCAGAUGUAUUGCAGCGCGCUACGCUGCUGUCACAGCACCAUCAAACGACCAGCGAUGAGGUAUCAUUUUGUCAGCAAGGGGCCAAAAGAAAUGUUACGGAUGAUGAUGCAAUCCUGGAUACCGAACAUCAUAUGCGAGCCGAGCGUUUUGCGCCGCAUAUUUUUUCUCCGAACAAGCGCGUGUCGACAAUCAAUGCCCUUAGUCGGAAGUUCAAGGGUAACGAGGUUGUCUCUAGAAUUCGUGGUGGCAUUGGUGAUGUAGUUCGCAAGGCGAUUCGCAAGAGCAACAGGGAACUUACGCUGCUCCGAUCACACGGACAACACUUACUGCCACAACAGAGCGGUUAUUCCUCACCAAUGACUUCAAUUGGCGUAGUAGAGUCGAUACAAAACCGCGCAUAUAUCGUGAUCUGUCUGACACGGUAUUGCGGAAUAUUAUCACGCUUUGUUGCGUACGAAUGUCGUAUCCAUCAAGUCACGGCCAACCUGGAAAAAACCACGGCAGAUGAACUCAAGGAAAAGCACUCGGUAGUGCUUGAAGCACAGUUUCACCUCCAAACAGCCGAAUAUCUUAAGCUGACCCCAGGAAAAGUAUUGAAAGUUUUCGAGCCGCUUCACUUUUUCUUGGAGCACGUCCCAGCUGGUUCCGUCAGACGACCGAAGUGGUUUCUUGCUAGCACACAAUUAACACAGGUGGUAGAUGGAUAUCAUCAUUGUGCUGAACGACAGGAAGAGAGCAAUCAACCCAUUCUUUCAGCAAUGUCGAGCACUGAAUACUACCAUUACGAAGCAUACCUGCCAGGGUUCGCGGCGCAAAAUUCAAGUGUACAGCCCGAAAUUCAGGUUGCAAUGAGCUAG